ACUGCCAGCUGCCGAUCUCACUGUUGACAGUAAAAGCAGAUAUGUUCCUUGCUCACUGCCAUUAGUACUGGCCAUGACCCUUCACACCAAAACCUCUGGAGUUACCCUGCUGCACCAGAUUCAAGGCACUGAACUGGAGACACUGAGCAGACCUCAGCUGAAGAUUCCCCUGGAAAGACCGCUCAGCGACAUGUACGUGGAGACCAACAAGACAGGAGUUUUUAACUACCCAGAAGGAGCCACCUAUGAUUUUGGUACUACGGCUCCCGUGUACAGCUCUACUACGCUCAGUUAUGCUUCUACUUCUGAAUCUUUUGGGUCCAGCAGUCUGGCAGGAUUUCACUCCCUGAACAGUGUCCCACCAAGCCCGGUGGUGUUCUUGCAAACGGCGCCCCAGCUCUCACCCUUCAUCCAUCAUCACAGCCAACAGGUACCCUAUUACCUUGAAAACGAUCAGGGCAGCUUUGGGAUGAGAGAAGCUGCUCCUCCAGCCUUCUACAGGCCAAGCUCUGAUAACAGACGCCACAGCAUCCGGGAGAGGAUGUCCAGUACCAAUGAGAAAGGGAGUCUGUCCAUGGAGUCCACGAAGGAAACUCGCUACUGUGCUGUCUGCAACGACUAUGCUUCAGGCUACCAUUAUGGGGUCUGGUCUUGCGAGGGCUGCAAAGCUUUUUUCAAAAGAAGUAUUCAAGGGCACAAUGACUACAUGUGUCCUGCUACUAACCAGUGCACUAUCGACAAGAACAGAAGAAAGAGCUGCCAGGCAUGCCGACUAAGAAAAUGUUAUGAAGUGGGAAUGAUGAAAGGUGGAAUCCGGAAAGACCGCAGAGGUGGGCGAGUGAUGAAACAAAAACGUCAAAGAGAGGAGCAGGAUUCCAGGAAUGGGGAGGCUUCUUCAACAGAGCUGCGAGCUCCCACCCUUUGGACAAGUCCACUGGUGGUUAAACAUAACAAGAAGAACAGUCCAGCCCUAUCCCUGACAGCAGAACAGAUGGUCAGUGCCUUGCUGGAAGCUGAGCCACCCAUAGUUUAUUCUGAAUAUGACCCAAACAGACCAUUCAAUGAAGCCUCUAUGAUGACCCUGUUGACCAACCUUGCAGACAGAGAAUUAGUGCACAUGAUCAACUGGGCAAAGAGAGUUCCAGGAUUUGUGGAUUUAACACUCCAUGAUCAGGUCCAUCUACUGGAAUGUGCCUGGUUAGAGAUCCUGAUGAUCGGCUUAGUCUGGCGCUCCAUGGAACACCCAGGAAAGCUUUUAUUUGCACCUAACCUGUUACUGGACAGGAAUCAAGGGAAAUGUGUAGAGGGCAUGGUGGAAAUCUUUGACAUGCUGCUGGCUACUGCUGCUCGGUUCCGCAUGAUGAACCUUCAAGGGGAGGAAUUUGUGUGCCUUAAGUCCAUCAUCCUGCUUAAUUCUGGUGUGUACACUUUUCUUUCCAGCACCUUGAAAUCUCUGGAAGAGAAAGACUAUAUUCACCGUGUCCUGGACAAAAUCACAGACACUCUGAUACACUUAAUGGCUAAGUCAGGUCUUUCUCUGCAGCAACAACAUAGACGACUGGCUCAGCUCCUCCUCAUCCUCUCUCACAUCAGACACAUGAGCAACAAAGGAAUGGAGCACCUGUACAAUAUGAAGUGUAAGAAUGUAGUUCCACUCUAUGAUCUCUUGCUGGAGAUGCUGGACGCUCACCGACUGCAUGCUCCAGCAGCCAGGAGUGCUGCACCAAUGGAAGAGGAGAACCUGAGCCAGCUGACAACUGCAUCAGCUUCAUCUCAUUCCUUGCAGUCUUUUUACGUAAAUAGCAAAGAAGAGGAGAAUAUGCAGAAUACAAUAUAAACAGAAGUCAGCAUAUAUAAUGGUAUGAGAAACCCAGCAGUGUACUACCUAGCUCAUGCUUCAUUUCGUCUAUAGUGCCACCUUUGAAAACACUCCAAUGACAACAGACACCUGCAUUUUCCAUUUGAGUGUUUGUCAAGUGCUUGCCUAAAUUGAUUGCUUAUCCUAAUGGAAGACAUUUCAUUGCUGUGGACACCCAGCAAGGAUUGUCAGGCUAUCUUGAUUUAAAAUUUGCAGUGUGUUUAUUUAAUUUUGCAUGUAAGUUGGGUAAGUCCUAAUAUAAACCAUACAUUCAUUUUACUAUAAAUUGAUAGGCCAUACCACCCAUGAAUAUUGGUAUCUUCAUGAGUGGUAGCCUUUGUAGAUAUCCACCCCAAAUCCUGAGCUAGCUUAAUCCUUUACUUGCUUGAAGCUUUGAAGCAGUUUGGUAGAGAUUCUGGUUAUUUGCCAGGGGGAUAAAUAGAAAGUUAACUGGCAUCUUAGUGUGCUAUAGUGAAACUGCACUGCUGCUGACUGCCUUGGUAGUUUAGUUAGAUUUCUGAUUCUCCCUACAGUAGAAAGGAACCCCUGUCUGACAAUAAUACUGUCUUACCUUGCUGGCUUACAUCAGGGGACAACUCCCUCACAAGCUCUUUCUGAUCAAACUUUUAGGUACCCUUACCACAUCCUCUAGAUGAAUUGCAUUGCAUGCAUCCUAUAUUGUCUGAUGCUACAAAGUCAAAUUGUUCUGUUGCUCAACAGUGUAAAUUCAGGGCAACGUGGCAAACAGUGAUAACAUAGAUAAUUACUCUUAAAUCAGACCAGAUGAUUAAAAAAGUCAUCAGGUCUUAAAAAAAUGUCUUCACACACAAGCAGGUUCUAACACUAUU